GGGAACCGAUCCCGUUGGAGCCGACCACAAGGCGCUGACCUCAUCUCUCUCUCUCUCUCUUCUUGGGCGAUGGCGGAACCGGUGGAGCUCCCCAGCCGGCUGGCGAUCCUGCCCUUCCGGAACCAGGUCCUGUUGCCUGGUGCCAUCAUCCGAAUCCGCUGCACUUCGCCGAGCAGUGUGAAGCUGGUGGAGCAAGAAUUAUGGCAGAAGGAAGAGAAGGGUUUGAUUGGCGUGCUUCCAGUUAGGGACACUGAGGCUACAGGUGUAGGGUCGAUGAUCGCUCCAGGUAUGGGUAGUGAUUCUUCGGGACGAGGUCUGAAAGGAGUAGCAGAUGUAGUGGGAGAUUCUCAGAAGCAGGAUGCAAAGAACCCACAGGAAGUUAUUCACUGGCACAACAGGGGAGUUGCUGCUAGAGCUCUGCACCUCUCUCGAGGAGUCGAAAAACCAAGUGGGAGGGUUACCUAUAUUGUUGUCCUUGAAGGCUUGUGCCGGUUCAAUGUUCAGGAACUCAGUGCAAGAGGAACAUAUUAUGUUGCACGUGUCAACCGACUCGAUUUGACAAAAGCUGAGCUGGAGCUAGCAGAGCAAGAUCCAGAUCUUAUUUUACUAUCUCGCCAAUUUAAAGCUACUGCCAUGGAGCUAAUUGCUGUUCUUGAGCAGAAGCAGAAAACUGUUGGUAGGACAAAAGCUCUUCUUGAGACAGUUCCUGUACAUAGGUUGGCAGAUAUAUUUGUUGCUAGCUUUGAGAUAAGCUUUGAGGAGCAGUUAUCAAUGCUGGAUUCAGUUGAUCUAAAAGUUCGACUCUCAAAGGCAACUGAACUAGUGGACAGGCACUUGCAGUCAAUUCGUGUGGCAGAAAAGAUAACUCAGAAGGUUGAGGGUCAGUUAUCGAAGUCACAGAAGGAAUUUCUUCUCAGACAGCAGAUGAGAGCCAUAAAAGAAGAACUUGGUGAUAAUGAUGAUGAUGAGGAUGAUGUGGCCGCUUUGGAGAGAAAGAUGCAAAGUGCAGGAAUGCCUCCUAAUAUAUGGAAGCAUGCUCAAAGAGAAUUGAGGCGUCUGAGAAAGAUGCAACCUCAGCAGCCUGGAUAUAGCAGUUCACGUGGCUACUUGGAACUUCUUGCCGAUCUACCUUGGCAGAAAGUCAGUGAAGAACCUGAACUUGAUCUUAAAGCUGCCCAAGAGAGUCUGGAUCAAGAUCACUAUGGGUUGGUCAAAGUUAAGCAACGGAUCAUCGAAUAUCUAGCUGUUCGAAAGCUUAAACCAGAUGCCCGAGGUCCUGUGCUUUGUUUUGUUGGUCCACCUGGAGUUGGAAAGACUUCAUUGGCAUCAUCAAUUGCAAAAGCUCUCAACAGAAAAUUUGUGCGGAUUUCUCUAGGUGGUGUCAAGGACGAGGCUGAUAUCAGAGGUCAUCGAAGGACAUAUGUUGGGAGCAUGCCAGGACGUCUUAUUGAUGGAUUGAAGAGAGUGGCUGUUAGCAAUCCAGUUAUGCUGCUUGAUGAAAUUGACAAGACAGGUUCUGAUGUCCGUGGAGAUCCAGCAUCAGCGUUAUUGGAAGUUCUUGAUCCAGAGCAGAACAAAACUUUCAAUGAUCAUUAUUUGAAUGUUCCCUUUGAUCUAUCAAAGGUAAUUUUUGUUGCAACUGCAAAUAGAGUUCAACCUAUUCCUCCACCACUAUUAGACCGAAUGGAAGUCAUUGAGCUUCCUGGAUAUACACCUGAAGAAAAGCUGAAGAUAGCCAUGAAGCAUCUUAUACCACGAGUGUUGGAACAGCAUGGAUUAAGCUCCGAGUUUCUACAAAUUCCUGAGGGCAUGGUGAAAUUAAUAAUUCAGAGGUAUACUAGAGAAGCUGGUGUGCGUAAUCUUGAAAGGAAUCUAGCUGCCCUUGCUCGGGCAGCUGCUGUCAAACUUGCUGAGCAAAAAGAUUGUGUGGUUCAACUUAGCAAAGAUGUGCACCCAAUGACAACAUCCUUGCUGGACACAAGACUUGCUGAUGGUUCGGACAUUGAAAUGGAAGUUAUUCCUAUGAGUAUCAACAGGCAGGACAUAUCAAAUGCUUUCGCAAGUCCUUUGACGCUGGUUGUAGACGAGGCUAUGCUGGAGAAAGUGCUUGGGCCCCCUAGAUUUGAUGACAGAGAAACUGCAGACCGUGUAGCAUCUCCUGGAGUAUCAGUGGGGCUAGUCUGGACAUCCUUUGGUGGAGAGGUUCAAUUUGUUGAAGCCACAACGAUGGUGGGGAAAGGUGAUUUGCAUCUUACAGGACAACUUGGGGAUGUUAUUAAAGAAUCAGCACAAAUAGCUCUCACAUGGGUGAGGGCAAGAACCGCAGAUCUCAAAUUGUCAGCAGCCGGCGAAAUCAAUUUGCUUGAGAACCGAGAUAUUCAUAUACAUUUUCCCGCUGGUGCUGUGCCAAAAGAUGGACCAUCAGCAGGAGUAACUCUUGUGACAUCCUUAGUCUCACUGUUUAGUCAAAAGAAAGUUAGAGCAGAUACUGCAAUGACAGGGGAGAUGACACUCAGAGGCCUUGUAUUACCUGUGGGCGGUAUCAAGGAUAAGGUACUGGCGGCACAUCGAUAUGGUAUCAGACGAGUUAUAUUGCCCGAGAGAAAUUUGAAGGACUUAGCUGAGGUUCCAUCAGCGAUUCUUGCUGGCAUGGAGAUAUUACUUGUGAAGCGCAUCGAGGACGUGCUGGAGCAAGCAUUUGAAGGUGGAUGUCCCUGGAAACCACAGUCCAAGCUAUAGCAUUGUGAAGCAGCAGUUGAAGAUGAUGGAUCCGUCUCUUCUCUCCCAUCCUCCCCCCCACCCCCCCCCCACUACGGAGCUGCAGUCUCAGACCUUCACUUGCGAUUCCUAAUGCUUGUGUAGCUUGGACCCUUUGUCUCCUCGGGGCCCCACGAAACUCAAAAUCCCCCUUUGGGGAUCCAACAAGCAAUCAAAAAUUAAUUAUCCGUCCUUUCUGUAUUACUGUGUCAUGUCCAAGCCACCUACUUCAAACUCACCUGUAAAUGUCUUUACUGGGGACAGGGACGAUAGCUUUCACGGUUCUUUUA